AUGAGCACCUUCGCUACCCUCCGCGCCCUCCAUGCCACCCUGGGGGCUGCCCUCGACGAGGUUGAAUCCGUCUACGCCGCGAACGGUGAGUUGCGCAAGGACCCCAAGGUCGCGGUGGCUCUGAGCGUCAUUUCGGCGGCAUGCGGCCACCUGAACGCGUACGUGCGCAACCCGUUCAUGUGCGCCUUUGAGGAGGCUAUGGGGUUCCUCGAGGGGAGCAACGUUGUUGAGAUUUUGCGCGAAGCUGGACCAAAUGGGCUGCACGUCAAUGACAUCGCCUCCAAGAUCGACUACAUCCGUGCUGGUGCGGCCAAGGGGGCUGAGAUCAAGCCAAUUGACACGACGUGGGUCGCCCACCUGCUACGCAUGCUCGCAGUGCACCAUGGGAUACGCGAAGUUCGCCCUGACGUGUUCGCCAACAACCGCUUCUCGAGCCUGUUGGACACCGGCAAGACCGUCGAGCAACUACAUGAUGCACGGGAGAAGAAGUACGAAGAUACCAAUGGGUUUGCCGCACUCAUUCCCAUGAUGUCUCUGAUCACACAUGCUAUCGCGAGUAGUACGGAAGAUCACAAGUCAAUCACCUCAAUCGUUGAGUGGCUUCUCUCCCCGAGUGCGGAUACGUGGAAGUAUAAGUCUCCGUUCAACUAUGCGUACGAAACGGAGGAACUAUUCUACGCUUGGCUGCAGCGUCCAGAGAACGGGCAUAACCUUGCGAUCGCCUCUCGUGCCAUGGCGGCUGGCGGGGCGGUGGAGGGCGGGAACAUCGCGGACACCUCUGCAUUCCCGUGGGACACCCUCCCGUCUUCUUCCCUGGUCAUCGAUGUUGGCGGGGGCAUCGGCGGUGUGGCCGCCAGGAUCGCUGCCGCCCAUCCGCACCUUCGCGUCCUUGUGCAAGACACGCCGAAGACGGUCAUGAUCGCACCGCGCAUCCUGGGGCAGCAGCCAGGCGUUCCGGCGCUCCUCGAGUCGGGCCGCCUGGCGUUCGAGGCGGCCGACUUCUUCGCGUCUCAGCCCUCUCGCGACGACGGAAAGCCGGCAAGCGUCUUCCUUCUGUCGCGCAUCAUGCACGACUAUGACGACGAGAACUGCCUCAAGAUCCUCAAGCACCUCCGUGCCGCCGCAACCCCGGCGACCUCGCUCCUCAUCUCCGAGCACAUCCUGCCGUAUGCCUGCGCGGACGGCAAUGUGCCCGCUGACGACGCCGAGAUCCGCGCGCCCGCGAACAGCCCGCUGCUCCCCAACCUCGGCACCGCGUAUGCCGGCGCGUACCACGCCGACCUCCACAUGCUCACCGUGUUCAACGGACGCGAGCGCACCGCGCGCGAGUUCGCGGCGUUGACCCGCGCGUCGGGCUGGAAGAUCGCCCGGGUGCACCGCAACGCGGUCGGUCUCUGGUGCUACAUCACCGCGGUCCCCGUCUGA